AUGUCCUCAAACCGAGAUUUUGAUGAGAACGUCUGCUACGAGUCUUCGUCUGAUCAAGACCUCGCUCUGCUAGACCCAGCCUCCCCUUCCAUCGUAUCAGAUAACGACAUCAUCGAGGCACAUCAAAGCAAGUGCGCAAUCUGCCACCUCGAGUUCUCUUGCACUAAUGUUGCAGCCCAAGACCGUAUCUCGCACUUUCAGAAAUGCUGGGCAAGGUUCGGAGAUGAUCUUUGCAAGAAGAAACGCCUAACUUAUCAAUAUCCCGCGAUGGAGAGUUUGGUUUCGAGACCUGGACACUCUCUAUCGUCCCUUUCACCGGACGGGGGACAUGGCGAAGCGAUCUCCGAGAUACUUCACAUCGACGGCGAGGAAACUUCGCACCCAAUCCAGUCUGCUGUAAAAAUGCCCCUUACAAGCUGCCUCCUCUGCAAAUACGACUUUACUCAUCAUCGCGACAAACUUGAUGGUUUACAUCACCUUAUGAGAUGCAUGAAUCUACUCCAGCCCCCGAAUUGCCCUAUCUGUCUUGAACGAUUCCACGACGAGAAAGGCAGAUGGUGGUUCAAAAAAGACAUGAUAUGGCAUCUACACAAUUGUCAGCACGGCGGCAGCUUAGGUGUCAUUGCACGGGACGACUUUGAGGCAUCACUUGCGGCAUUGUGUGCUAGGUCGGAGGUUGUAGAGCGGACUUUGAUGAGAGACUUCGGUAUCAAGAGGCACUGGGAUGGACGACAGCAUCGAGCACAUUAUACUACGACGAGAUCUGCAGGGCAAGAGCAGGGAGGAGGCGUGUACGUUGCUGGUAAUUCACUCUUGCGGAAGGGUAUUCGAUUUGAUGAAGAGGGUAGCCUCGAGAUCACGACUUGCAAAAAGUCUACAGAUCCGGCUGUUACUGCCUUGGGACAUUUCCGUCGUUUUUCUUUCUCUGUUCUGAAGACAUCAGAGUGGGAGAACCUGCCAGAGGGUUUUCGUGUCGAGACGGUCUCCAGCAAGACCAUUCCUCCUCCCCCUACUCUUCCACUUCGGCCUACAUCCUUGGUUCCAAGGAUAGAAUCAGAAGCCAUCGAUUUUGAGAAGGAUGAUACCAUCCAUGAGUCAACCUCGUUGCCGUUGCAGUCACAGGAGAUGGGCGGAACUACAGAGCCUGGGCAACUCCUACAGUCACUUGUAUUUCCCGAAUAUCUCUCAACUCCCAAGGUCUUUGAAACGACUACAGCUCCAGAUGUCCAAGAUUACAUGCUACUGUUAGGACUACCGCCGCGCACUCCCUUCCUGCCACAGUUCGUGUCGGAAAAGUCUUGGUCCACAAAACUACAGGAAGGUGCAAAGCGAAAAGAAGUCGUAGAGCCACCCGAAUCACACUUAGUUGCGAAGUUCCAAGAGACUCCAAAGUCAAAAAAAACCGAUGCUUCGAAUCAAUUACAAAAUCCUUCUUUGGACAUACACCAAGACUCGAAAGCACUUCCUGGAAGCGUUGCCAUGUUAUACACCGCUAACUUACGAUCACUCGGCGAAGCACCAAUAGUCACAAAGAAGUUCUCGAAGUCGCACAAAGGUCUCGACUCUUUAGCUCGACCGCCUCGAGAACUGCAAGCAAGGGUCACAGUCGCAGUGCCAAACGCUACUCACCUCUUCCCUAAUCGAAAGCGUAACUUCUCAGCACCGGUAGAGAUUGAGAGAAAACAGGUUGUAUACGCACAUACCAAGUUUCUUCCGAACAAUAGGCUCAUUGUGUUUGGAGAGGGCAUUGUACCGCCACGCCCUAGUCUAUAG